CUCUCACCACACUAAACAUGGUCCACACGACCCACGCAGACGGUAAAACUUUGCCUAAAUCGCGGCGUAUACUGCGCAGCACAGAAUGCGAGAACGAGACAGCUGCGUCAGUGGAUGCCAGUACGAACCAUCAGCAAAGUAUCAUGGCGAACCCUCUUGCGCCUUUGCCAGACGAGCUUAUCUUGGAGAUCUGCGAACAGCUGGACGACUUUGCCCACGAACGCCAUGCUCGGGUAGCCUUCGCUGCUCUAGCACGAACCUGCCGAUACCUUUAUCCUUUUGGAAUGCGCUACCUGUAUCGUACUUAUUCCGCAGGAUCGAAGGGACCUAUCCGUGGUUUUCUACAGAGAGUGUUUUCAUCUACACGUUUCUCUGUCCGUCCUCAGAAGAUACAUUUUGACGCCACCUUUCGAACAGAAAGCUCACCAUCUACAUACAAUUCAUGCACAAACGUGGAAGAACUGUCCGCAAAACUUCACGGUCUAUCUCUACCAUACGAGCAUACGUGGAUUCAACUAUUUGCAACUAUCCCCGAAAGCAUUGAUCUGGGUCUCCUUAUCCUUCUCUCUCGGGAAUCUCUUCAAGCGUUAGAAAUCACGGAUAUAUCGGGCUGCUUGAGCGAUAUAGCAUGGCUCGAUCCUAUCCUUCACGCCGCCCAUCAGUCUUCCAUUGACCUUAACACGAAUCAUGGCUUUCACAUGCUCAAGCGAAUCACUCUAGGUGCAACCGAGUUAUCCACUGAGCAUGUGUAUCAGAUCAUGUUGCUACCAUCCCUUCGGUUCUUCAAUCUUGACUGGAUGUCGACGUCAUCUGCAAGUACUGUUGAAUCACUACCACCCGGUUCUUCUUUGGUCGAGAACAUACACUUUCAUGUUUCGUCGGUUUCCUCUGAUGUCAUUUCUGGACUCGUGGCUGCGUGUAAGACUGUCAAGAGUUUCAGGUACACCGCCUCUUCCGUCCCGUCUGACCAACUUCAAUGGUACACAGACGUCAUCGGUGCAUUACGUUCUCAUUGCAAGACCUUAGAGCUGCUUGUACUCGACACCUCUCACGACAGUUUCAUGGACCUGACAGACAGAUUUCCGCCCACCCGCGUGUUUGCCGAAAUGUGCGUGCUCAAGCACCUGGAAAUCAACUUCAGUGUUAUUAUGGGAAAGCCCAUAGGUCUCUUUGAACAGCGAGAUAGAGCCAGAGAUGAGGACGUCAUGUGGAAAGGAUUCACAUCGCUCCCAGAACUACUUCCUCCCAAUCUCGAAGUCUUGGUCCUGGAUUACGAGAGAUCCGCUUUGCCCUGGGAUAUCGACUACGACGAUCAACUUCUAAUGCUGCUCAUGAGUGACUUCGACUUCCUUCGCACUUUGCAUUCGAUUCUCAUUAACUACUCUCACGACGACGCUGCUGGCGAGUUUCCCUUGCAUCUCUGGACGCUUGAGCAGGAGUUUGCGGAGCUGGAUAUUGACUUCGUUUAUAAUAUCAGCUACUAUGUAGAUGAAGCAGACGGAAUGGAUAACAUCGUUCAGGGGCUGCGUGCCCUAGGCAGAGAAGGGUUCGAGAUGCUCGAAAACUUUGAGGACAUGACGGAUGGGGAUGAUGUCUUUAGCCCUAGCUCGAUUAGAGCAGAAUUGCGCGCGGCAAGCGGACUGGAACCGGAGGAAGGUGGUUUCGUUGUUCAGUACUGACAUGACGCGUAAGAGUGCUGCACAGGUCAUACUCAGAAGAGGAGCACAAAGGGCCCAGCUUAAUGGUAUACGUCUUCCAAAUACUGCGAUAAGACUUAGAGAUAGCGCGAGUACACAUUUCGUAGUCUGAGGGAAGACUUGAGAUUUGUAUUCCUGCUAGUAGUUGAGUAUAUAUGGUCGCGCGGCCUGAAAGCAUCGAGAUCACACUUUCUAUAGAUGUAACCUACAAAUUCACCAAUAAUCAUACAAACGACC